GCUGACGUGCAAAAGAAGGCGGGAAGCAUGUCGAUCACUGAAGUCUCAGCAUCAGGGCAACACCUGGAUCUGGAUCUACAGGAUUCAAACGGCAAGGACCGUCUGCAAAUCGGCACAUAUGCAGGUGUUUCAGAGGUGGAGAUGCAACGAUCGUUUUUGGCUGACGUUGCUAUGGCGCCAUCCUGUGGGAAAUAUGGGUGCUGCAGCUGCCCAGACUUGAGCCAGGUUGAGAAAAGUAUCUGGCUGCAGCUCCAGUUCUUCUUGAGCAAAGCAGAUUGCAUACUUGACUGCCUCAUCCAAAGGCAGAAGUGUGUAAGCAGGGACACUGUAGUUACUGCUGUGCAAAGUUUCCUGUACACCUGCCAGCCUUUCUUUAACCACCUGGAACACCUAACCAGAAGCACCGUGUCCCAAAGCAACCCUCUGCCAGCUGAGAGUUGCACAAGGCUGUUGGACUUCUCUCAGCAGCUGUGUGACAAGUUGGAGCAGAUGCUGCUAAGGUGUUCCAGCUACAGUCUUCUCAGUUUGGAUGAGAAGGAGCCCCAAAGCGUGUCUCAGUUCUGCAUCGGCCAGAGUCAGCUUGGCCACCUGAGGCUGACCGCUUUCCGUUACUGUGUACCCACGCCGUACCUCUCCCAGGUCAACACGGGGCUGUACAAACGCAUGCGCUGGAAUGUGGAGAAACUCAACAAGGACGAGGAGAGAGAGGAAGAAACUGAUUACUACUUCUUGUGCUAUGAGGAUGAUUUCACAGCACACAAAGAGGCUGACGAUAGCCACGGUCAUGAUGAUCUGAAGGGCAUCUGGUCCAUUGGUCGCUGGGUGCAGGUGGACCCUGAUCCCAACUCAGAUGAUAUAUAUGACUGGAUCUUGUGUGAAGUCCCUCUGGCUGAUUACCACAGACUCUUGUUUCUGGGUGAGGACGAGCCAUCUAGCUGCAAGGCUACAGACUCCUUGAUGAAGCUGCUCUUGACUCUAGAGACAGAUUAGCAUCGUUUUGGUGCGUUUUAGCAGAUGUAAGAAACAGUUCGAGUUUUAAAGCAUGUUGAAAGCACUGAUCACUUUUAAUGCAGCGUGUUGCAGAUUCAUCUGCAUCCAGCUGAUGUGAGGAGUUUGAACAUCUAGUUUCAGUUUGGACGUCAGAGCAAGAAUUAUCUGUGUUUCCGUGUUACUUGUGAUACAUGACCCUGACCACUUCAUUGGUUAGUCACAGCGACGGUAUUCAGACGUGCUACGUUUAUAUUCACCGCUUCAUUCAGACACUCCUGCAGCAGUGAUGGAGAGCUGUACCAGGGUGAAGUGUACAUGCUUUAACGUUACUGCAAACAAAAGGACAUUCUGUGCUCAGCUGAUUAACUCAUAUAGACAUCUAAAGUCUUGUGCUACUGUGACUCAGCAUAAAUAAAUCCUACUACAUUUACUGCAGUCAUAUUGGCAUCAUAGCUGUUGAUGGCAAUUGACCAGGAGGCAUCUUUAGACCUGAAGCUGAGAUGUUCAGAUUUCAUCAGGCUGAUGGAAACAGAUCCUUAACCUUAAAAAAAAAAACAAAAAAACCCCAAAAACCCUCGAGUGUCCAGCUGUUAGAAGGUUCGAUGUCUUUAGUUUGCAUCUGGAGAUGCAGAGAAACCGUUCUACUUUUGUUAGUUGUAAAAACACGGAGGCGUCUGAAAACCUGUGGAGGUAAAGUUGUUUAAUAAUGCUGUGAAGUUUGCAUGUUUGUGUUGUAAAAGAUUUCUGAAGACUUCCUGUCUGACGUUUUAAACAUUCCCAUAGUUGCACAAUUUGUAACCACGCAUGUUAAAAAAAAA